AGCCGUUCUGUCAACAUCCACCAUGAGCCUCUCGUCGUUCUUCUCGUCUUUUUUGCCGACCGUGCACGCCGACGCCCCCGAGGAGAAGCAGGAAGAGAAUAAACAGGAGGAGGCCCCUGCUCAGGAGCCUGCCCAGGAAGAGCCUGCCCAGGAGGAGCCCGCCCAGGAGGAAGAAGAAGAAGAAGAGGAGCCCGAAGAUAUUCUCCCGGCCAUUCGUGAGGAGUGCGCACAGUCUUCAAAGUGCGUAGCUGCCACCAAGCAUUUCCAGCACUGCGAGGAGCGUGUCAACGCUGGCCAGGGCUUCCACGGCGAGAACUGCAUCGAGGAAUUGUACGUUAUGGUGCACUGUGUCGACAAUUGCACUGCGCCAAAACUGUUCGCCAAGCUCAAGUAAGCAAUUUUGCCCAAGUUGUAGUAUGCUUGGCUUGCGAACUCCCCACAAGUUGCCGCGACGAGAAAGACAGACCCAUGCGUCAACCUAAUCUACUGUCUUCUUGCACGCUUAGACUGUUAAAUGACAUACAAAAUCGUAGACCGGACGCUUUCAUAACCGUGGCCUCCGCCAUGACAUUAUUGUCUUCAUACGCGCUUGAUUCGGUGCGCUUCAGCUUCCAAACUCUAGAGCGAUAUGACAGCACAUUAGAGUACAUGGACGUUCUUGCGCAGCAUUCCUCGCAAUAUGUUGUAUCCCUUGCUUUAAUGUUUGUGUCAGGGUGUUCCCUGUUCCCCGUCUGCAGCAAUUCCGAACAGCGGGCGUCCCGUCGCGGAGGCAUUUCUUUCCCACAUACGGUCGCCAUCGCGUCGUGACGCUCCUUCGCUCCUUCCAUCUUACAGUAGCGUGGUCCUUCGCGCCCCGCGGCCCGCUACGCGACAGCGAAGGUCUCCUGCCCUGCGCACGUUCGUCGCAGCUCCAGUCGCGUAUAAAGCACCUCGGAGAGAAUGGAGUUGUGGCACCCCACCCUUGAGAUGGCCUGGAAGUACACUGUGUUCGGACUUUCUGCCUUCUGGGCGUCGCAUGCGGCAGCGCAGAGCCAGCGACCGUCCGUCGUUGGCGUGAUCCUGACGAAUCAGACCGACCUCGGGUCCGUGACGGGCGUGUACAACACCUCGCAGACGCCCGCAGACCUGCCGUGGGACACGUACAACUAUUGCAACGCGCCUCACGUGAACGCGGCGCACUACACGAUGCCGAACGUCUCCGGCGCGAAGCUCGUGUACCUCAACGCGGUCAUCCGUCACCACAAGCGGACACCCGACAACCUCUAUCCGCAGGAGAACGUCCUGAACACGCCCUGGGACUGCAGCGACUUUGAGCAGUUCAACUAUGGCGGCCCGAACGCCGCACAGGUCUUCCACAAAACGGACAUCCCGCCCUGGCACCCGUUCCUGAGCACGAUCUGGAAUGGCACUUGCGACGAAGGCCAGCUGACGCGCGGCGGGCUCGAGGACGCCAUUGAGCAUGGCCAGGACUUUUGGUCGGUGUACAGCCAGAAGCUCGGCUUCCUGCAGUCCGUGAACGAAAAGGACAUCUUCAUGCGCACAUCGGUUGAGACGCGCACCAUGCAGGUUGCAAGUGGUUUGCUGGUCGGCUUUGACCCGUCAAUGGCAACGAAGACGUUCCCCGUCACCACCCAGCCGUCACCAAUCGACUCUAUCCCGCCGAAUUACCCGUGCAACAAGGCCAACGACAUCCGGAACGCGUACCAGUCUGUCCCGGCGUGGACAGACCAUCUGCAGGAGAACAUGGAUUUGAAGAUGCGGCUGGACGCCAUGCUCGGCACCGCCGGUCUCGCGGACUGGGCCUCGUGGUACGACCACUUCUUUGACACGUUCUCAUCGAGGACGUGCAACGGCCAUCCACUGCCAUGCAACACGACGACGGAACAGUGCGUGACGAACCAGGACGCCCGCACCGUCUUCUCCAUUGGAGACUUCGAGUACAACUACAUCUGGAGCAACGCCCAGAACGCGACAGCCUACAACCAGCUAACCGCGGGCGUUUUCCUGCAGGAGCUCGCGCAAAACAUGGAGCUCUUCCGCAGCGGCGGCGAGACGUUCAAGAUGCGGUUCGUCGUCGGCCACGACGGCACCAUGAUCAGGGUCAUCUCCGCGCUCGGCCUUGGCGAGACAGUGCAGCUGCGCUGGCCUUCGCUUGGGAGCGAGCUCGUCAUGGAGGUCUGGGAGGUGGAAGGGAGCAACUUUGUGAGGGUUAUCCACGACGGCGUCGUCUUCCCUGCGCUGGCGUGGACGUCGCUCGACCAGUUCAUCGACCUCUUGAACUCGCAAGUGCCCAGCGACAUCUUCGGGCAAUGUAACUCAUCAUAGACUGCUGCAAUCCAAACUUAGCUGCUUCAGUGAUAUCCCUGGCGCGGCAGUGCGAGAUCGUUACGUUGGAGGGUGUGUUAGAGAUGCCUAUAAGCCUUGUGCUCACUAGAUGAACUACUCAAUGGCU